AUGGCAUUCAGUGUUGCCCAGCACACCAUUGGCGAUCCUGGCUCCAGCGAUAACUACGGUUGUCGCGUUGCGGAUAUGUCUGUCACUCAGCCUCUGAUAAUUACGCCCAAAGGAGAACAGAGGGUUCUAAGGAUCAAUGCUCGCCAUAACGCCGAGAAAAGGACGAUCAUGGUUACAUACGAAUCGACUUCAGGACACGAAGAGAAACAAACCACUCAUGCAACCUGCACUGUCGAGUACGGCCUUGACAAUAGAUGGUCCCAACGCUGGACCCGGAGCCUACAUCUCGUUGAAAGCCGCAUAUGCGAACUAGAGGCCCAGGUAAAUCAAGGGGAAGCCAGUAAGGUCUCGAGGGGCCUGGCGUACAGUUUAUUCAAGAGCCUCGUUGACUACACAAGUGAUUAUCAGAGGAUGGAGCGAAUACUAUUCGCAAGUCAAUCCCUUGAAGCAUCUGCCACAGUCCAGCUGGACCGCCGCGAGUGCGACACGGGGUUCGUGUGUAGUCCGUACUGGAUCGACUCCCUCGCCCAUAUAUCGGGGUUCGUGAUGAACGCAAACGACACUAUCAACACCCAAGAGGUCGUAUAUAUCUCCCACGGCUGGGAAAGUAUGUGGUUCCAUAUGCCGUUGGCUCCCCACACAGACUAUCAGACGUAUGUUAAGAUGUGCCAUGUGGAGAAAUCUGUGGUGAGUGGUGAUGUCUGGAUCCUGCAUGAAGGAAGGGUUGCGGGCGUCGUAGAGGGCCUGCGGUUUCAACGCAUCCCCAGGUCCGCACUGGACAUCCUCUUGCCAAAGACCCCUUGCGGCCCAGCAGGUACACAAUUAUCGGUGCCUCAUAAACCAAUGUCAGUGCCUCACAAACCAAUAUCAAAGGGCAUCCCGGAGGCGGCAUCAAAGGCCAUAUCAGGCGUUGACACUGCUAAGAACACCCCAGGUUCCAAACAUCUGAUAGCAGACAUCCUUGGUAUACCAGAGGCUGAAAUCGCUCCCGACGACAGUCUCGAUGAGCUUGGCAUGGAUUCCCUGGCGUGUUUGACGUUGGCAUCCAGGUUGACGGGCUCUUUUGAAGUGAGGGUCCCCAAUAGCAAGAUGAUGGAAUGCACUACUGUCGGCCAGCUUACCGAUUUUGUGUUUGGUUUGGGAAUGGAUGGUUCGUCAUCCCCCAGCAAUUCGACUAGCCAGUCAGACUUUUUAGAAGAAGAAGAAGGGGGAACGCCCGGUACGCCAUUAACAGACACGGACGGUGAUCCUCACGAUGUUAUGAGCCUGAUCACGUCAACCAUCAUUGAAGAAAGUGGUGUCCAAAAGAGUGACCUCGAACCUGACGUGGAGCUGGGUGAUCUGGGCAUAGAUUCACUAAUGGCUCUUACAGUUGUGAGCAAACUGCGCACCUCGGGACUUGACCUCCCGCUGGACUUCUUUCACACGCAUACUACUAUAGGCGAUGUCACUCGAGCAUUGACUGGAGCAAGUCCGGUGCAAGACGAGGGCACCGUCAGUGCCAGUGACAGUGACAGGGCUAGCAGGCAAGCAGCCGAGGGGUCGGUGAUCUCGAAUACUGCCAUGCUGAUUCCCAUCCAAGCCGGCCAUAAGCCUCGUCGGCCGAGGAGGCUUUUCCUGUUCCCAGAUGGGUCUGGUUCCCCAGGCUCGUAUGCCAGACUCGGCGAUCUUCAUCCAGCAUUCGAGGUCUACGGACUGGUGUGUCCGUUCAUCGACAACCCCGACAAUUGUAGUUGUCGGAUUGAAGAUUUAGUACGGAAAUACCUCGAGACAGUCAGAAAAGAGCAGCCACGGGGCCCUAUCACCUCGGAGGGUGGUCAGUUAGAGGUGUUCUGGCGUUCGAGGCCGCGAAGCAACUCCAUGCCACUGGUCAAGAGACUCGUCUCUUAUUACUGCUGGAUACACCGUGCCCUGCGGUUCUUCCUCCAAUGCCGGCAAGCUUCAUUGACCACCUUGAGACUUCCGGGGUGUUGCCUUGUACAAACUUGA